AUGCCGUGGGAGCUCCAGGGCUGGGACGGCCCUUCAGAGCUGUCUCUUGUUGAGGAGUUAAACAGCAGGAUCUGUACCUUCCAGAGUACGAGGGAGCAUGUUCUGUGGGGGUUCAGUCAAUAUUUUCUUUUUCAGGGGAUGAACAAUCAGUACGUCCGCCGGGAGGUCUUCUGCCGGAACACCUGUCACGAGCUCAAACGCUUCUGGGAAAGGGAAAUUGGCAAACAGACUUACUAUCGAGAAUCAGAAGAACAUCGCCUGGGAAGAAGUGCACUGAGAAAGCUCAGGGAAGAAUGGAAGCAGAAAGUGGAAACAAAGCUGAGACUACGCAACAAUCCAGAUGAGACAGAAAAGCAGGCUAAAGUUGGCCAAGAGCUGCAUUGACACAAGAGGAUACAAAGCACUGAGGUUAUUCUGCCAGGACAAGCCAGUGCAAAUCCCUUAGUCCCUUUGCUACACCAUACAUAUCCCAUACUAUUGUUUCCCCCACCUGUGAGGGGUUUACCUGUGGAUCCUUCUCCAGUGCUGAGUGGGAAUUAUUAGCCAAGACAGUCCUCUCUUCAUGGGAGCCAGAAUAUUAUUCCCAGUACCUCUAAAGAUGGAAUUAUCUAAUAUCAAAGCUCUAUGUAGCUUACUUUAUUUCCAUAUUAUUAUCUUCUAAUUUUGAAAUCCCAAUAUUGAAAUUCUAAGCACACGAGGUGGGGGGUGAUGAUUUUUACAGUCAUACUGGGUUGACCAAAAAGUUCCCUCAGGCGUUUUGAUAACAUCUUAAGGAAAAACUCAAAUGAACUUUUGGCCAACCCAAGACUUUAAACAUUUGCACAGUACUGUUGCUCUACAUCUCUCCUAAGAAACAGAUCAUGUAAUCCUUUCUCUUGUUUUCUUUUAAUAAGAGAAAUGCACCUAUCUGCAGCAAUAAAAAUGUUGUAAAUAGUCAUUAGUACAAGGUUCAUAAAUUAAUUGAUCUAAUACUAUGUUUUCUUCACAUGAAUUUAAUUGGCUUAUUCAAAAACACGUUCACAUAGAACCACUCAAUAAGAUUAGGAUAAUUUUAAUAUAACGCGGUUGCCAUGCCAUUGCUGGCAUGUGUGCUCCUUGUUUUGGCCAUUCAGGCAUGCAGGAUCUCAGUUCUCCUG